ACUCAAGGAAAGAUCGUCUUUCCCCGAUGUCCAAUGUAUUUAAUAUUAAUACAUAUUUCAUCAAAAAGAUUAUUACAUAUAUAAACACCAUAGAAAAACUAAGAAUCCUCUGGAUCUCGAUCAACCAAAAUCUCGAUUGCUACAAGAACCUUCCUUCAACUAAGAAACCAUUUAAUCCCCCCCCCUCCAAAAAAAAAAGAACUCUAGGGUCUUUUUUGUUUUUGGUUUUCUCGAUCUGGGUAUAAUCUAAAAACUAUUGUGCUUGUUGUUGCUGGUGGGGUGGUGGUGGUGGGGAUGAGGAAGAGGGAAAGAGAGAAUCCUUGUGGGAUAUGUGGUCACUAUCACAAAUUCGAAGAGGGGGAGGUUUGUGGGGUAUGUGGGCAUAGAGCUCCCGUUUCAUCUGACAAAACGUCGCUUCAAGUCAGUGCUUUCCCCUCCGUGAUAUUGCCUGAUUUUCUUUAUUUGGGUAGCUACGAUAAUGCCUCUCGUUCUGAGCUUCUUAAGACUCAGGGUAUUACUCGUGUCCUCAAUACUGUACCUGCUUGUCAAAAUCUCUACAAGAAUUCAUUUACCUAUCACUGCCUACAAGAUGACAAAAUUUUGCAAUUUGAUGAUGCUGUACAAUUUUUAGAGCAAUGUGAGAGAGAUAAGGCUCGAGUCCUUGUGCACUGCAUGUCAGGAAAAAAUAAGUCACCGGCUAUUGUAAUAGCUUACUUGAUGAAGUCUAAAGGAUGGAGGCUUCAACCGAGCUAUCAGUGGGUUAAAGAACGGAGAUCAUCUGUUGAGUUAAGUCAAGAUGCGUACCAGCAAUUGCAGGAAUAUGAGCAAAAGCUCUUUGGAUCAUGUGAUAAUAGCAAUCUUGCAGGAGCCCCAUCCUUCAACUUUGGCUUCUCGAACCCAAGUGAUCCACUUCCACUUCCUGUUCCCAUUCCCGCUUUCAACAACCUUGGUGCUACUUCCAUUUUCGCCCGUCCACCGCCUUUCGAAGUUCCUCCGCAUGGGUUUACGUUCGGUGCUGACCGAACCCAGAGAAGCAUGUCUGAAAACCUAUCAAACCCUAGUGGAAGUGAUAUUCCAAUGGAUAGUUCUUAAAUUCCUCGAGUUUCUUUUGCAACUCCAACCCUUUUAACCACAGAGUCGGAUUAGGACGACACCUUGGCUGUAAAUUAAUGCUAAACUUUUCUGGUUCACUAGAUUUUCUAAUGAGUGCCUUGAACGUUAAUGAACGAAGCACCAUUUUGGUUUCGAAUACAAAGAUAAUUUUCAGUAGAA